AUGGACAGGGAGAACCAGAAUGACGGCAGCGUAGAGGACGUGGAAAACUCGACCUCGAAGGAGUCGUCUUUCUUUACUCAGAAAGAUGCUAGCCAGGUUGUCGGCAGACUGAUUAGCACCAAUUACGCGGUGAUGAUGGCCGGUUUGAACGACGCUGCCACCGGUGUGCUCAUUCCAUACCUUCAGCCUGCAUAUGAUAUUGGCUUGCUGAAAGUGUCCAUGGUCUAUUUGAUCAAUUUCGCCGGAUGGCUAGUGGCAUCUUUCGCCAACAUUCACGUCUGCUCGAGGCUGGGAAGCGGCGGGACACUGGUUGUCGGAGCCACGAUCCAGUGCUUUGGGUACGUGCUCAUGUUCUGGAAACCUCCAUAUCCUCUUUUCAUGACUGCCUUCUUUUUCACCGGCAUGGGCGUUGCUUUCCAAGACGCACAAGCGAAUGUUUUCACGGUCACGGUCAGGAACGCGCAUCGAUGGCUCGGCAUUCUCCAUGCUGUUUAUGGAGUCGGCACGAUCAUCGCGCCGCUAAUCGCAAAUACUAUCGCCUCUCGAACACCGUACUGGCACUAUUACUACCUCGCGAUGUUUAUUCUGGGGGUGAUCAACGUUGUCCUCCUGGCUUGGACGUUCCGGAGGGGUCUAUUCAAGCCAAACGUCUCUAAUGCCAAAGAUGCCAAUGCCGAAUUGAAGGCCACACUGACCAAUAAAGUGGUCUGGAUCUUCAACGGCUUCUUCUUCCUAUAUGUCGGUGCUGAAGUAGCGUCCGGAGGCUGGCUGGUCCAAUUCCUCGUCUCCGUCCGACACGGAGAUCCCAAGAAAGUAGGCUAUGUGGCCUCUGGGUUCUGGUCGGGGUUCACACUCGGGCGGGUCCUCCUCGCAGACAUCACGCACAAGCUCGGUGAGCGUCGGAUGGUGUUUUUCUAUAUUGCUCUCUCCAUAGCGCUGCAGGUCAUGUUCUGGCUGAUACCGAACAUUAUCGCGAACGCAGUCACCGUUUGUCUUCUGGUCAUCCCACAGGAACUUCACAUUGGCGCUUUAGGCUUCACAGCGAGCUUGGGACAAGCUGGAUCGGCUGCGUUCCCCUUCAUGACUGGAGCAAUCGCUUCAAAGACAGGAGUACAGGUUAUGCAGCCGAUUAUGGUUGGCUUGUUGGUCGGGAUUGGGAUAUUCUGGGCUCUGCUCCCCAGACAGCUCUCAACCAGGUCCGCCGGAUAG